AUGGGACUAUUUUGGGAAGUGCUUACAUUAAUUUUUAUAAAGACAAUACUGUGUGAAAAAGUUUUCAAAAGUGUUCCAGUGACUGUUAAAACUUAUGAAAAUGAUUCUGUUCUGUUGCCUUGUUAUGUGGAUGAUUCAGAAACGCAGCUUCGCGUCCGCUGGUACAAAGACAACGCACUGCUAGGCGACAGUCACGACCCGAACCACUUGUUGCCGCCGCGCACGCGUAUGCACGCCAACUACAGCUUACAGAUAGAUGAUCUUGUAUCGAAGGAUACUGCUGAUUACACUUGUGAGGUUAUAAGACAGGAGCCAUGGAAACCAAUACGACAGACGCAUUCUAUAGAAGUGCAAUAUGCCCCUACAGUCCGGACUUUACCGUAUGACGGAUAUCUCGAAGUGAAAAAGGGUGAUUAUGUGGACAUUGGGUGUGAGACUACGGGGACUCCCGCACCCAUUGUGAAUUGGCGGAAAAAUGGUGAGCCAAUGGCGAUAUUAGAGCACAGGUCGCGGCUUCGAUUCCGCGCCGAGCACCGUCUCUUAGCAGGCGUGUACGAAUGUACGGCUAACAAUGGUGUGGGAGAUCCUGUGACAGCUGCUAUUACUGUCAUUAUACAAGACGCGCCUGUAGUGACGACAGACCGUAGUUUCGUUCACACAGCGUUAGGUCUUCGGGCGGUUCUAGCCGCUAAGCUAGACUUCGCGAUACCUCCGGCUCGAAGUGCCUGGUAUAGAGACGGGAAACCGGUUAAAACUGAUGACAGAGUAAUAAUAAUGGUGCAAGAGAAUCUUCAUCAGCUAAUUUUCCGGAAUGUUAGGAAAUCCGACUUCGGAAACUAUACUUUUAGGGCAGAGAACAAACUGGGCAUGGCCGAUGUCGCAUUCAAAUUGACUGGUGUCCCAAACGUGGCGUCUUUCAAAGUAGAGCCAGCACUAAAUAAAGCGUCGCCGACCAGCUUUACUCUCAUUUGGGAAGUUGAUUCAUACUCAACUAUUAUAGAAUACCAUCUCUGGCUGCGUCCUUACUACGGCCGACUGUCCACAGCUGAGCCGGACUCCUUCACAACGAUCCCGCCAGCUAACACUUGGAGUAAUAUCGUAGUCCCGGGGGAUUCUAGUGACGGUCCCAUCCACAGUGCGACGUACACAGUACGCGGUUUAACGCCAUCUACCGUCUAUGAAGCCAUCGUUACUUCUAGAAAUAUAUUUGGUUGGAGUAAGCCUUCAGCUGUUUUACAUUUCGCAACGGAGCCUGGAGUUGGGAGGACUCUCCCUUCUACAGCAGAUUACACCGACAUUACUCCCGUAUUAGAAGAAGAGUUGGAACAAGCGCACAAUAUAACUCAAGCUCACGUCUUCGAAAGAUUAAACGAAAUGUCAAACAAAGCGCGCGAAACGCCAUCUUUAAUCGCCAUGUUUAUUUCUACUGUCAUAUUAACAUAUUUGAUAAGU